AAAAGGGGAGAAUUUUUCCAGCCCGCCGCCCGUACCGCCACCUAGGCGGAACCGCAAGAACGCUCAGGCUAAAUCGACGCAAAACCAGGGAUCGACGAAUCUCUUGAUCGAGAGAGUUGGCAGUUUGAAGCGGACACUUCCAAACACGACCAGGCCCCUGUCAGCCACGUUAGAUACGAAAACCGUGUCGAAAUCCAUGCAAUCUAUGAAUAUCACUACCGAUGGAGCAGGAUCGAGCACCGACAAAAUGUCCACUCUACAGGAGAGGUAUAGGAAAUACCAGGAGGCGAUGAGAGCGCAGGAUGCGAACAGAAGGAGGCACACUUCUUCCGACAUUUCGAGAGACGCGGUGAGCGCAAGGCCGUUGAGUGUGACCAAUCCGAAACUCGCACCUCCGAUACCACCACCUCCCCCGCCCAGAUCCAUGAUGCAAUCGGCCAGCGUUUGCGAUUUAUCAUCGCCUCAUAUGUGGAAUCCUGGAAUGCAUCAGGCUCAAUCAAUGGCCCAUCUCGGUCCUGGAGGAAUGCCAAUAAUGUGGUAUCCACCGAAUCCUCAAUGGGACAUGGGCAUGGGCGGUUCGACGAUGAGCCUGAACCAUCCGGCUAUGUGGGCCUAUCCCAUGGGAUAUCCUCCAUCACAGAUGCUCCCGCCGCAUUAUCCGGGUACCCUGUCCAGGCCUCACAGCCCGGCAAGAAGCGUGAAAUCGAGCAGAAGGUCGAGAGCAGCCUCGCCGUCCCCUAGUCUGAAAUCUAGAAAGUCGUUGGCCUCGAGGUCGAGAUCGAGAAGAUCCCAAGGCUCGCCGUCCGAUGCAAGCUCCGAAGAUUCCGGAGAGUCGGAUUUCGAUGACAGGCUCUCCAAGAGCUCGAGAGGAACCAGGCGUGGAAGCGUGUCCAGGAGCGCGAGGCAAAGGAGUUAUCACGAGGAUGAUAGGAACUUGUUGAACAGGAAUCGUCGCGAAAGACUAAUGUCAGAGGAAAGAGUUACCAGUACGGAGGAUCAAUGGUCCGAGAAUCAAUCGGUGAAACGGUAUCCAAUGUCGCCUAAGGGCUACGACGAAUUCCAGAAAAACAGUUUAAAUUCGCGAAGACGGUACGAGCAAGAUGAACGAAGACUUUCCAGGGUGGAUUCACGAUUGGAUCGCGUUCAGAAUGGCAGCUAUCGUCGAAAACGGAGCACCGACGACGACUCGUCGGAUAGAAGAUCCAGCGUGCAGACACGAUCCAGAGUGACCAGCUCCUCUGACGAUCAUUUCGAGAGAUCAGAAAUGAUGGUUCCACGGCGAAGGGACGACGAGGUGAUUCCUAGAAGAGCCUCCUCCGUGAGAAGAGACAUCGUGAAUUUGGACAACCUCGAAAGAUCUUCUCGUAGAGAUUCUCGAAGAUCCUCCAUCGACAGCGAUACACAAAUGAGAAAAACUCCUUCCAGAGACUCGUUCCCCAAGAAGAUCCAGGGAACGGAAGGAAUGAUCGAUGAUGCGAGAUCGAUUAGAGAUGUCGAAGAGAACGCACCACGCGCCGCGAGAAAUCUUCCAAGUCGCGAAUCCUCGCAAGAUCGAAACGUGGCCACGAAACGAGAACCUUUGUUGAGAAAACAAACUUCGUCCGAGGAGAUGGAGAGAUUGAGACGAGCUUCGUCCCGUGAGAACGUGAGAAGGACCCCGUCUCGAGAGGGAGUCCCCAGAAAAAUUCGCGAAAACGACGAGCCACGACCCAUGAGUAGGAACCAGGAGGAGGCUCGAGAAGUUGGUCGUUUCGUUGAAACGGAGAAACGAAGCGAGGAGGGUGCAAAGAGGAUGGAGAAUGAACGAAUUAAACGUCUGGAAAGGACGCCAUCGGUAGGAAAAGAAGAAAAGAGUGGAGCAACGACGAAGCUGGAUCAACGAAAUUCGUCCAAAGACGCAAAUGAAAGAAACACGACGAUGGAGAUCCCUAAAGAGGAAUGGGCUUGCGAACAUUGCACUUUUAUAAACAAUAUAAAGGAUCGGGUGUGCGUUGUUUGUUGCAAAACUAAAAGCAGCGCGUUGCCGCCUAGCACGGAAGAGAAUACGGAAGAUGUUCCAAGCGAUUUGAGCGAGAUUCCCAAAAAUGAGUCGGCCAGCAACGUCAGCAAUCCUAGUCCAGAUCUCGAGAAACGGAUCAGCCUGUUAAAGAUUUCGAACAGCGAAGAGAGCGGGGACAGUGUCUCCACAAAGAGCAAAGAUAUCGCGAUGUUUGAAGAUUCGUCGAAAGUCACGGACAAACCGAUGGCUGAAUCUUCUUUGAAAAAUGAAUCGGCAUUGAUAACGAACGAUUCGUCGAUAACAAGCACGAAAAUAAACGAGGUGGAGCCAAUUAAACGACCCAUGCUCGGGAAAAUUUCAAAAAGCCAUUCGGUUUCCACCGGAACCUCCCCACCUCCUCAGAGCAUUUCCACUCAAACCUACGACUACCUUCCAUCGAGAGGAAGUGGCGGAUUCGUGAGAGCUGCAUCCGCUUCGAAGGGAUUAUUGUAUUAUGAGGAAAGCGAUGGAGAGGAACAAACCGGAUACGCGAACAGCCCAGAUUUGUAUCCACGAACGAUCCAGGAUCAGUCGUAUCUCCAACAGUUGAUCGGGCCCAGCAGGGAUCGUACGCGAAGAAAUUCCAUCGACUCCACUCACCUUUAUUAUCGUUCCAGGGAACCGAGCCAGCCCAGAUACCUCGAAGCUGGACCAAGUUCACAAGGUGUUUCAACGUUGACCAGACAAGGCUUGGAGAUCGUAGAGAUUUUGAGGGAGGCUGAGAAACAUGGUUACUCCACCGACGACGUCCAGGUGGCUUUGUCUCAGGGGGCGAGCAACCCCAUCGACUGGUUGAAGACCCAAUGGCCCCACUUGGUGGAAACCGUGCAAGUUCUGGUUACCACUCAAGGAAGGGAGAUGAAAGAGAAUAAUAUUGGGAUGCUUUCCGGCGUGGAGGCGAAAGAGGCCUUGAGAGUUACGAAAGGGGAUGUUUGGAAGGCUGUCGCGAUGGCCGCUCAACGUAGACAGCUAAAAUGCGAGGAAAUUAUGAAGAAAGGGAAUUUCACGAUGAUGGAAGUGGUGAAAGCGUUGGAAAAUAACGCCGGUGCCGAGGAUGCGGCUUUGUUCGAGCUGCAAAAAAAUCAGCUCAAGCCGUUCUUGAUGAGGAUCUGGGGUCCUCCGGUUGGGGUGGAAAACGACGAGGCUGCACCGCGGGAAGAUGCGGUCGGUGGUGAAACGAGCGGUUCCGAACAGAUUACCCGCGUGGGUACGGACACGGAAGCGAGGAAGCAGGUAAUGUCACCAAUCGUAGAAAAUUUCGUCGCGUUGCAGGCCGACUUUCAAAAGCAACUGGCAGCCCUCAGACAGCUAACCGAUAACUGGCAACACGAAAAAGACCCCCUGAACACGCUCGGUAAUAAGCCUGAUAAUCUGUAUCAAGUUAACAAUGACGAUCGAACAGUUCUAAUCGAUAAAAAUCUGGUCCCAAGGGACGCACAAGAUGUAGCCAACACAGUUAAAACAAUGGAGAACGAGGGAUCGAUGAAACGAGCGAAUGAGGACGAAACUAAAUUAACGAUUCAAAAUACACCGAUCGAAAAACACGAUAAAAAUAAUGAUUCCGAGAUACGAAAUUUGAUUGGAGAAAAACAAGUCGAAGAAUUGGAGGAGGAUACGAGAGAUAAAACGAUCAAAGACGAAAUUUCUCGCGACGACAAAAAUAAUAUCUCGUACGAGAUCCAUCAAACCGAGCCAAUGAUGAUGAUUAAAAAUAUUAUUUCACCUAUUGUAACCGAAGACCACGAUAAAAGCAUUAAUAAUCCUACGACGAGUUUAAUUGAAAAAGAAGUUUCCGAUCUGGAGGAAAAUUCGUGGCAGAAUGAUCGAAGCGAUAGAGAGCAAAAAGAGAUUUCGAUCAUCGAUAAAGAUAUAAAGGGAGAAAAAUCUAAAGAGAAUAAGAAGGAGGAAAGUGUUUCGUCCCCUGGUAUCGAGAAAGAAUCAUCUUAUACAGAAGUGGGCGAAACGAACGAUGUAACCAGAUCGAAAGAGAAUGUAAAGAAAACGGUAAAGAUGAGUUCGAAAGUAGCCCAAGAGAAGGGCGAAGAACCGAUUGGUUCUCGCAUUAAAGAAAGCGAAACGACCUGCCGAAAGAGGUCCGAGCAAAGCGGCGUAGAAAUAGAUAAAGCUUCCUCGCCGUUCUCGAAGAAGAACGAGCCGCCAUCCCAGAAGGCUUCCUCUGAUCUUCAUCAAAGGCCGUUACAAGUAGAUAAAGAUUCCUCUUUGGUGGGAAUACCGAGUAUCCCUUUGCCGUGCAACGUAUCGGGCCACGAUUUGCCGGAAAGUAUAUCUCGGAUGUUGGAGGAAUCUACUCGAGAUCAACCGCAAACCGAUGGAAUCGAACGGCCUGAUUUAAUAAACGAAACGAUGGAACGAGAUGGCUUGGAUCUCUCUCGGAGGGAGAUCUCCGCAGAAUUAAUUAAGGCUGUUGAAAAUUCCUUCGAGGAGAAAAACGAGAGGAUUUCGGGGAAUAUCGAAACGGCGAGCAAAGAAACGAACGAAUCGAAUAAAUUAAAGCGUGGAGAGAAGGAUACGAAGGCAGAAUCGAACAAGGUGAUCGGGGGAUCUCGAUCGACGAUAAUUACGACAGCUGAAAAUGGUUUCACGGAUCAAAGUUUCGAGACCGUCUUCCCGGAAGCUCCGCAGAAAGGCAAAGAGACGCAGGUAGAGGCGUUGUUAUCUGCUAUGAAAUCGUUGCCGGAGCAAUUACUGGGUCCUUUCAUAUCGGCGAUGCAAAUGUUGUCGUCGAAGAAAUCGAGCGUGGUUGAUUCCGAAUCGGGAAAAAAUCAAAACUCUUCGCCUCUUCGAACUUCCGUUGAUGGAGGAUCGAUCGAAGAUGAAAGUGCACCUCGAAGCGUGGAAAAUUCAGGGAAACUCGUAACGGAAUUCGGGGAAACAACGGCGGCUGACAUCGAAAAAUUGCAAGAGAUCGAAACGGUACGUAGAAACGAGAAAAACGAUAACAACGUUAAAUUGACUAACGCAGAAGGGGGGGAAAUGGAGGCAGAAUUUAACAGGAAUCGGGUCCUAGAAGAAGAGAAAUCGUUGCGGAAAACGGAAACAUCGAUAGAACACGUAAGUUCUCAGAAACGUUCCCCGGAAAUUGCGGAUACUAACACAAGUGAAAAAGCACCUAAUUCUGAACACUCUCGACGCUCAAUAAACGAAGUUUCGAGGGCAUCGUCAUUAGAUAUCGAGAAUUCAUCUCAUAAAUAUCAUCUCGAAGCGAAUUCUGAAAUUCAUGCGAUUGACGACGAGCGAUCGUCGUCGAAGGAAACGGAUAACUCGAACGGCACGAGAGGUUCUAGGCUUAACAAUGCAUCUUUGAAAAACGAAUCACUCACCAUUGAUAGUCCGAUAAGACUGAACGAGGCCAUUGGCGCACAAUCAUUAUCGAGCGAGACGUCAUCCUCGUUCGUACGUGACUCGGGGACGUCUGUCAGUGAAUCAUCCGACAUGCAAAUGCGCUCGACCACUAUUGGGGCUCGAGCUGGCGAUGAUAACCGUGUGAAAUUAAUUGAUGCCAGUUUGGUAGUUGACAAUCGACCCUCUGCGGAGAGUGCGGCUAUUUUGGGACGUAAAUCGCUUGAUAAUAAUCAUACUAAUUCGACGAAUGUGCCUCCCAAGGUUUGCACCCUUGAAGAAAGUCCUAAUUUAGUAGACGGUAGAGUCUCUGUUGGCCCAGCUUUGAAAAAUUCUCGAAUCGAUCCGCAGAAAAUUUCCGAGGAGCCCGAUAAUUUAAUUAAAAAUGUUUCUGAAGAUUGUGGAAAUAUCAGACACGAGAUUUUGAAAGAGAUAGCCGAAGGAUCUAGAUCUAUUAGUCCAGAUUCUUCAAAAGGUCUUGAAAUAGCUCAGGAAAUUUCUGUAGAUUCUAAGAUCGUUGUAACUCCUAUAGAUUCCAAAGUUGAUGGAAUCCCUCCAGAUAUCGAAUCCUCUGUUCCCAAUAUUUCAAUGGAUUCUAAUAUUGUUACGCGCGAAGAAUCAGAAAAUUUGGAAAUUUCUAUUCAACCUGUUCCUGAGAAUUCGAAUAUUACGUCUAAUAUUCCUUUAGAUUCUAAAACUACAAUCCCUGAAAUUAUUUCCACUGAAAUAUCCGCGGAUUCUAAAAUUGUUGUUGAAGAAAUUUCGAAAACUCUUACACGUGAGAUUCCUUCAGACUCUGAUAUUCCCAAAGAUUCAAAAAUUACAAUUUCUGAAACUUCGAGAGAUUCUAGAUCUAUUCCAAACGAGGUACUUGAAGAUUCCAAAAUUUUUUCUGAAAAUUCUUCGGAUUCAAAGUUAGCUAUUCCUGAAAAGAAUUCUGAUAUUUCCAAAAAUCUUGAAGUAGUUUCUGAAACUUCGAAUGAUUCCAAAUCUCUCCCAAAUGAAAUAUCCGAAGAUUUAAAAAUUUAUACUCAAGAAGAUUCUUCAGAUUUAAAAUUAAUGAUCGUUAAUGAAAAAAAUCCUGAUAUUUCCACAGAUUCUAACAUAUCAAAUGAUUCUAAAUCUGCACCAAACGAAGUAUCUAAAGAUUCCAAAACUGUUAUUCAAGAAGUUUCGAAAGAUCGAAUUCCUAUUCCUAAAUCUUCUUCAGAUUUAAAUAUUAUCCCCGAAGAAAAUCGCAAAACUAAUUCACCAGAUACUUUCGAGGAAUCUGGCAACGGUCACAAACCCAAAUCCCAAGAGUCCAAAACUCCAGAGAUCCUUAACAAGCCCACAACGAUCGUCCACGAAACUUCUGAAAACGCGUUGCAUGUAUCUGAAAAAGUGGAGCAGCCUAUCUCCGUCGCAUGCCACGUCCCCAACGACAAAAUCGAUACCUCACCGCUAACUUCUGCAAGUAAGUGUGUCGAUUCUAAAGAAAAAACUUGCAAGCAAAUUAACAUUCGAUCGAAACCAGAACCAAAAGAUAACACUGCGUCUCCCGCGAAAGUAAACGACAUAGAAAAAGAUACUUCUCUUCUUCUUCUAGAAACAAAAACUGAUAUAGAAAUCCAGGAUAAUUCGAAUAAAUCGAUAAAAAGGAUCGAUUCGGAGAUAGGGAAAAACGUAGAUGGAGAGAUUCGAUCCGUGCUCUCCCCCUCGACAUCUGGCAACGUGGACGCGAACGAACCUUGUGAAGCAUUCACGAAUACCGAAUCGACGAUUGUAACUAUCUCUGACCCUUCUAUUUCCGGUUCCUCGUCGAGCUCGCUUACUUUGAACGGAUCGGCCUUUAACGAGGCAAAUUCCACGGAUACUAACGACAUACCGUUCGUCGCUUCUAAUAUCUCGCAUAACGCGUCAAACUCGAUCGAAGGAGGUAUCGAGUCGAAUCUGAACGAAACUUAUUUGGCCGAUAACGUGCCUGGAAUCCUUAACGAAUCUUCCCGCGACGAUGAUAAAAGUAUAGAAAAAGAUUCGAACAAUAACGCGGCCGAUUUAUAUCCUCCAAGUUGGAACGAAAUUGGGGGAAAUGGGGUCGAAAUAAAACGAUCGAAGGAAAAUCCUGAAAUAUACGUCGUCUCGGAUACGAUCUGCGAAGACUCGUCGGUAAAUUUAACGGGAUUCGAUUCGGGUAUUGAUUCCAGCCAAGCAAUUGUCGCGUGCUCGAACGUAAAUGGUAUUAAUGAAGCACAUACAGGAGCAGCCGACGUUAUAGAGAUCAAAAUAAGCGAAUGCCCUAUGAUAGCGGUGAACGAUUGUGCGCCAAUAAAAGUGGUAGAAAGUCGAUCGGAAGGGGAGCCGAUCGAGGGAUCGAGGAAAUUGCGAACAGAAAGCGAGACACGCGAGAUCGUGACGAUUUCGGGAGAAAGCGCGGUGGACGUCGAAAAUAAUGAAACGGAUGCAAAUGAAGUUGAUAAAGCGGUUACUUCGAGAGGUACCGUGAAGGAGAGAUCCAAAUCUCCUGCGAAAAAGAUCGGCAGAAGGAGGUCUCCAGUGAAAGUAGUGAAAAAACCUACCGGCAUACCGAGAAGAAAUUUCGGAAAAGUCAGCCCGAAAGGCGCGACGAUAGCAAAGGCGAAGGAAACCGCGAUCGAGAUAACUCGAAGAUCGACAUUGUCGAAUCAAAAAUCGUCGAGAAAAAGUCCUCCAAAAACUACUACGAAGAUCGCGAGAAAUAUUUCUUCGAACGAGGUAACGAACAGAACGAGAUCAUUGCCGCUUAGACAAAAGCAAAUUUCAAAGAAUCUUAAACCUCCGACAGAGAAGGUGAUAACGGAAAAGAGAUCGACAAUUAUGAAUACUUUAUCGAAAGGUUGCGAACAAAUUAAGAGAUCGAUCAUGCCCGCGCAAUUAGCCGCUGAUAGAAGUAACGAAAUAGCGGAUGAGAAAAAUUUAAAAGGGAAGAACACGUUGAAAUCUUCCUUCCUCUCGAGGAUCCCCGUGUUCACGGCAACACGUCGACUUCCACGACAGACUGGUGAAACUUCGUGGCAAUCUUGGAGAACGGUAUCCGGUGACGGGUUAACUAGAGCUUCGACGAAACCAUCGAUUACCCAACAAGCAUGGAGAAAAAGUAGUUCAGCUGGAAAUGCUUCGAAGAUUGGAGCCGGGCAAAAAAUGGAUUCCGAUAAAGUCGAGGGAAAUUUAAAUGGCGGAAAGACGGUGGCCGUAAAAACUGAAGCAGCUCGGACGAGAACUUCCGGGGAUGAGAAAGGCACGGGAGAAAAAACGAAACCCGCGAUGGUAUCGGAGAAAAAUGACAAGGAGGUAGUCGUGAACGAGUCUGCUAAGGGAGAUCCGAUGGUAUCCGAGGAAGUGGAUUUAAAUGAUACGACUUCGAGCGAAGAAUACGAGCUGGAAGAAGUUUCAGAUAACGAAACUUCCGCCUCAGACUUGGAGAGCAUCAUUGAAUCGGAAUGUAUAUCGGAAAAAGAGCAGUCAGAUCGUACGUUGGACAGUACGGAGGAGCUGACCGAUGCCGAAAUUAUGCUACAAGAAACGAUUAACGCGAUAAAGGCGAAAAUAUCCGAUUCCGAAUUCGAGAAUUCUGAAAAUGAAUAUAUCACUGAUAACGAGAGCCAAGAGGAUUCUAACGAAGAUCACGUGAGAGAUUCUUUCUCCGAAGAAGAGGAGGAACAAUUGGAGAAAGAUAAAAAAAUUGAUAAUUCGGAUAAUGCAUCGUCCGAAGAAGAUGAUACUUUGAGAGAUGAUAACGUUGAUCUGAAGAAUCAACAAUUGCAAAAAACAAAUAAAUUACACGAUAAUACCAAAAAUGUAUCUAAAAAAAAUAUUAUUUCUAAAACUUGUUCCAUUAAAAAAUCUGUAGUAUUUAUAAAAAAUGACACAAAUAUCGUCAAAGAUAAGUCUGCUAAAUUAAACGAAAAACUUGAAAUAAACAAGUCUGGUAAAAAGGAGCAAAACAAGACAGAUCUUAAAACAGAAAUCGUAAAAGUGAAGCGGUCGAGCGAUAAACGCACGAAAGUGAAUCGCAGAGCGAGUACAGGCUGUGACAGAGGGGUGGAUCAGGGUGGAACGUUAAAGAAACGAUUCUCUUUGGUGGCCAGUUGUAUCCGUCGAUUCGAGGGCGAAGAGAAAACGGAACGAGAAUAUGUGGAAAGUAGGAGCGGCAAGGCAAAGACAGGCGGAUCUCCCAAAACGGAGAGGGAGAGAAUUGCUCGUCGUCUCUUAGCGGAAGGUAAAGCGUCGAAUUACGACGAAGCGGAAGUAGCAGCCAGUUUGCUGGCUUUGAAGUUCGGAGACGUUGAGGCUCUUCAAGCGGCCAAAGAGUGUUCCAGUAUAGAAUCAGCAUUAGCAUUCUUACAACAGGAAUGUGAACUUUGCACGGGUCGUUUUGCGAUGAGUCAGAUAGUGUCCAUGUUAAAAUGCAUUCAUCGUUGUUGCAACGAGUGUGCAAAGAAUUACUUCACUAUCCAGAUCAGUGACAGAAACAUAACGGAUGCAGUUUGUCCAUUCUGUAAAGAGCCAAAUCUUAAAGAUGCGAAUGAAGACGAGGUUCUCGAAUAUUUUAGUAACUUGGACAUACAGUUGAAGACACUUCUAGAUCCUCCGAUUCACGAACUCUUUCAAAGGAAGCUGAGAGAUAGAACAUUAAUGCAAGAUCCGAAUUUUAAAUGGUGCAUUCAGUGUUCAAGCGGAUUUUAUGCAGAUCCAGAUCAAAAGAGAUUAAUAUGUCCCGAUUGUCGAUCAGUCACGUGUGCCCUAUGUCGAAGGCCAUGGGAGAAACAGCACGAAGGAAUUACGUGCGAGCAAUUUGCUGCUUGGAAAGACGAGAAUGACCCGGAUAAUCAAGCCGCUGGCUUAGCCAAGCACCUCGCGGAUAAUGGGAUAGAUUGUCCUAAAUGCAAAUUUCGUUACUCCUUGUCUAGAGGAGGUUGUAUGCAUUUUACAUGCAGUCAAUGCAAGUACGAAUUUUGCUGCGGUUGUGGUAAAGCGUUCAUGAUGGGAGCAAAAUGCUCGGUAAGCCCGUAUUGUGCAAAGCUGGGCCUUCACGCUCAUCAUCCACGGAACUGUCUGUUCUAUCUUCGCGAUAAGGAACCCGGCCAAUUACAACAGCUGUUACGAGAUAAUGGAAUCGAGUACGACACAGAGGGUCCAGCUGGCGAGCGCAAGUGCAAAGUGCAAUUGCAAAAAGAAACUCCUACUGGUGUUGUAGACGCGGUAUGCAAUUCAGAUGUUGUCGAGGGACACGCUGGUUUGUGCAGGAACCACUAUAUCGAAUACCUAGUUCGAAAAAUCCGGAUGAUUCAACUGGAACCGCUUCCGUUACUAAACAUAGACGAUCUUGAGACAUGCGUGAAACGUGCGGGGAUCAAGUUACCCCCGAAUUGGCAGCACUACAUAGAGUACUUGGCGGGUCUGGUACUGAAGGGCAAGCUGGAUCCCGUGGCGAUCUUUGACUUGAACGAUGCCAAGCAAGAGCUGCGCCGUCGGGGAAAAGUUCCCCCUGCGAAGGACCAGGAAAUGUCCGAGCGGGAUUAUCUCGAGGCGUGCAUUCAGAUCGUGCGCAAGGAAAUUCCAUUGGAGUGAUAGAAGGGGAAUAAUUAAUGCGCGAUUUUACGUAACUCACGCUUUUUAUGCAUCAUGUAUAGUGUAUUUAUUUUAUCAUAUGGACAGCGAUGUAGAGAACAAUUUACAAUUAAACAAAGAUUGAAAAUUAUUUAGUAUUUAAUGUAAAAUAUAAUAAGUAUUUUAAAAAA